AUGCACCAGCUCUCGGCGCUCUCUACGCACAUCGUACGCGCCAAGCCUCUCGUCAUCCUCACCGCAUCGACUCGUCCGCUCCGUCAAGCAUCCAGCUUCUCGCUCAUCUGCGCCAGAUCCUCCACAAAAGGGAACACGUUCGGCUCGCGCUCUACAUCCGCUUCAGCGCACUCACCGGCCGUGCGCACCUUGGUCAACGCAAGCAUGCCUUCCGUCGCCCAGCUCCGACAGCCCUCGCCAUCCAUGCUUCCCCCGGCAAAGCGCGCCAAGAUGGAGCUCAACACCGAAUCCAAGUCGCACGUCGCUGCCGCUGCCCCAGAGAUUGAGGCCGUCGCCGCCGACUCCACCUCGUACAACGACGUGCCCGCCCUGCCCGACAACGCCCAUCACCACGUCGACGAUCUCGACCCUAUCCCCGCCUGCACCUCGACGCUCACCUUCCAGAACGGCAUCUUCCUCGCGCCCAUGGUGCGCAUCGGCACGCUUCCCACGCGCCUCCUCUCGCUCGAGUACGGCGCCGACCUCGUGUGGGGUCCCGAAAUCGUCGACCGCGCCAUCAUCGGCUGCGAGCGCAAGGUCAACCCUGCCACCGGCGUCGUCGAAUACCUCAAGGAGCACAAGCAGAUCUUCUCGUGCCACCCCAUCGAACGCCCCUAUCUCGUGUACCAGCUCGGCAGCGCCAACCCGGAUCUCGCCUACCAGGCCAUCAAGAUCAUCACGCAGGCCGACGACGUCGCCGCCGUCGACCUCAACUGCGGCUGCCCCAAGCCCUUCUCCACCCACGCGGGCAUGGGCGCCAACAUGCUCUCCACCCCCGUCCUGCUGUGCAACACGCUCAAGGCCAUGCGUCGAGCCGCUCCACCCCACGUCGCCGUCACGUGCAAGAUCCGCCUGCUGCCCACCCAGGAGGCUACCAUCGAGCUCGUCGACAAGAUCGUACGCACCGGCGCCAUCGAAUGCCUCACCGUCCACUGCCGCACCAAGGACAUGCGUCCGCGCGAGCCCGCGCUGCUCCACCGCCUCCGCGAGAUCGUCGACCACGUCAACACCCUCGCGGCCCAGAUGGGGCGCACCAUCCCCGUCGUAUGCAACGGCGACGUGUGGGACGCCGUCAAUGCACCGCGCAUCAAGGAGCUCACCGGCGUCACCUCCACCAUGGUGGCGCGCGGCGCAGAGGCCAAUCCGUCGUGCUUCCGCCCGCAGGGCAGCCUGAGCAUCCCCGACGUCAUCGCGCCCAAGUGGGUGCGCUAUUCGCUCGCACUCAACAACCCCAUCGGCAACACAAAGUACUGCAUGGCCCAGCUCGCCUUCAAGCCCGCCGAGUCCGUCGCCAAGGACGCUGGUGCAAAGGCCAAGCCCAUGAACAAGAAGCAGCUCUCCGCCCUGCGCAUGGGCAUUGCCCAGGCAAAGACGCACGAAGAGCUCGCGGCGGUGUUCAAGAUCGACGUCGACCAGGUGCGUGCACUCAGCGUGGACGACGAGAUCCUCAGUGAUCUGCGCACCGCGCUCUCCCAGCGCGUCUCGCACCGCUCCGCCAGCGGUGGCGGCUUCGACGGCGAGAGGCUGGGUGCUGUGCUCAACAAUGCCAGCGGCGGCGCUUCGCAGCAGGUCGGCCAGGGCGCGAGCGAUGGCCAUGCUUCGGGCGACGGCCAGAAGCGCGCCACGGACAACUCGCCGCAGCCCGAGUGGAAGGAGCUGCUGGCGACGAGCGUGAGCGACAACAUCAAGGACGAAAAGUCGAUUCUCUACUACGCCUUCAGCACCGUCGAGCCGCCGAGCUCGGUGCACGAUGCCGCCAAGCCGCACGUGCGCUACGUCGUCCACCGCGGCUUUGUCAACGAGCAGCGCGACGGCGAUCGUCCGGGCGGCAUUGCGCCGCACAAUCCGUCGUUCGGCUCGAGCCCGUGCCUGCUGACCACCACCGACGUGCGCACGCCCAAGGUGCAGCAGCUCACGUCGCAGAGCAGCCUGCGUGCGCACGGCCCCGACGGCUCGCGCGGCGGCGAGUGCGAGAUCGCCUGGUGGAUCGAGUCCGCCCAGCUCCAGUUCCGCAUUUCGGGCACGGUCCAUGUUCUCCCCACGCCCGGACACCCGCUCCGAUCGCUCUUCCCCUUCGAGCGUCUCUCGCCGCCGCGCGCGCCCGGUAGCGAGGCCAUCGACGCCUUCGACUGGGACAAGGAGCGCAAGCGUAUCUUUGAUAAGCUCAACGCAGGCCUCCUUGCGUCCUUCUGCCGACCUACCCCUGGCUCUGCUCACCCGAAUGCAGACAGCCUGCACCAAGCCAAGCCCAAGGACGACACCAGCUCCCCCUGGCCGUUGGAAUUGCCCAGUCCGGGCAAGGAGGAGAAUGAAGAGCAGAAGAAGAUGCUCGAGGAGAGCGAGAAGAACUUUGCGCUCGUCGUCGUAGAGCCCUACAAGGUCGAUCUCGUCAACCUCGCCGACGAUACAAGGACCGUCUACGAGCUCCAGCCGGGCGAGUGUGCAGCCACGGGCAGGUGGACCGCGCGCCGCGUGGUUCCCUAG